GACCUCUAACAAACCAUGCUUAUUCUAACAGAUUUGCACACAAAUAUUUAAUUUGUUUGCUUUUUAGUGGAUAAAGGAAAAAAAAUAUACCAGCAAUCAUCAUCAAAUGUUACUAUUCCAAUGUGCUCAUUGAAUAUAAUUGGACUAUCUAUUUUGUGAUUACAAGUAUAAACAAGUAUUACAUUAACAUAUGCACACAUUCAUAUUCACAUCCACACACACAUGAACAAAUUAAUAGGUUGAAUACAAACAUACCCGUAUUAAUAUACACGAACACGUUUAAAACGCUUGGAUAAUAAGUAUGCUAAUAUAUGAUUGCGGUGUAACGAUCUAUCGUAUCAACAUCUUAUCUAACAUAUAUAUAUAUAUAUACACACAGGGUCAUAUGAAUGCACACACAGUAAAAAUACAUACAAAUGUAUUUCUAUAAAUCUGUUAAAUCUAAAUCUAUAUAUCGAUUUUAGAAUCAUAUCACAAUGUGUAAAGUUUGUAGGUACAUAAGUAGUUACAUGAUCUUCUGUGCGUGUAACAUAUAUGAUUACUAUUGUAUUGAAAUAAUAAAUAGUGACCAACUAUAUUAAAAUUAUUUUAGACUAAGUUUAUUUUAGCAUUUCUUAUUAUAUUAAAUAAUAUAAUUGUUGAAAGAGUGAGAUAGAAGAGAAAUGUAUAAAUUUAUAUGAAAUAUAUCCCUUUGAUUCAAUUCAAGCAAAAUAAUAAUCGUGGAUAUAUCUAUGGAUAUCAUUAUUUACGUAUCCAAUGUACAUCAUUAAAACAAAUUAUUAUUAUUAUUAUUGAAAAAAAUAUAUUCAAAGACAAAUGUUCAUUAAAAGUGAAUUAACUGGAUGUAAAAUUGAAUUAAUCGAUUGUUUUGGUGAACAUCAAUCCCAAUUAUUUUAUAAUCGGAUACGAAUACAUAAUCCAUGUUGGAAUAAAUAUGGUAAAUCACAAUUUGAUAUAAAAUUAGGUUAUACAAUACCAUUAGAUUUAAGUAAUAAUAAAAAAAUACCAAUUCUAUGUACACCGAUACAUUUCUUUCAACGUUUACAUGAUAAACAACAAGGUCAACAGCAGCAACAACAACAACAACAGAAUCGAAAUUCAACGAAUGGAUAUAUUCAAUCAAAAGAUAAUUCAGAUUCUAAUGUUAUUCAUCGUAAUAAUAAAGGAACUACUGGAUUAGUUAUUCAAUCUAUAAAUGAUUCUUGUAAGGAAUUAUCAAAUUCACUAACGAAUAGAAUUGAUACAAUGGAAAAUCUAUCUAAUGAUAAUUUUAUAAUAAACGAUGCUUUAGCUACAAUACGUGUAUAUUUUCCUGUGAAAUUAAUGCAGUCGGCAAAUGAAUUAAAAAUUAGUUCAGAUCUUAAAAAACGAUUUCAUCUUUUACCGCAUUUACAUGAAUUCGUCGCAUAUCCAGAAUUAUUAACACUAUCCAUAGAUCAAUUGAGUACGUGUAUUUUAAAAGGUUUAUCUAUGGUUCACUCAUUGAUUCAAUGUACUCUGUCAGUGCCAAAAGAAUUGUACAUGUUUCAAAAGGAUCAGUUAACACUACAUGGAACCGUGCAUAACACUAAAGACGACGAUAAUGAUAAUGGUAAUAAGAUUCCAAAAUCCGAUGAAAAUAAUGAAUCUACAUCACCACAAGAGAAUCGUUUUAUAAUUGUCAAUCGUGGUAUUUACAAUCGACUGAAUGCACUAAUUCAAAUACAGAAUACAGAGAAAAUGAUAAUAAUGCCAAAACGUAUUCAAUGGUCAUUAGGUUUGAUUAAUAAACGUAAAAAUUCUUCGUUAAAUCAGAAAUUUAUCGAUUGUAAUAAUUUGAUAAACUCAUCAUCAUCACAACUAACUAAUAAAACUAAUCGUUCUAUAUCCUCUCUUGAUAAAGAGUUAUUGGCUAAUAGUGAUGAUAAACAUAACGAUGAGAAUAUUAUUCAUAAUUCUAAUCAAAGCAGAGCUGAUAAUCAUGACGAAGUCAUUAACAAUAAUUUCUGUAAUGGUUAUCUAAGAGAUUGGGUUGGAUUGUCAAUUUCUGAUCAUGACGACGAUUGUGAUCACAAUUAUCAACAUCAUAGUCAUGUGAACUGUUCAACAAUGAAUAAAACAUUGAAUAACACAUCGUCAUCCUCAUUGGCAUCUUCUGUUAAUAGUAAUGAUAAUUGCAGUAUUAGAGACUAUUCAUCUGUUACAGAACGUUCAUCAUGUAUGGUAAAACCAAAGGAUCAUUCAUUCACGAUUGAUAAUAAUAAUAGUAUAAUGAAUAGUAUUCGAAUUGCCUUUGUUCGUCGUGAGUCAUCUGAAUGCGGUGAUGCAAUAGCUCCAUGUUUUCUUCAAAAUAAACAUUCACCUGCUAAACUCCGUAGAUCACGACUUCGUGGAACGGACAGCUUAGUUAUUAAAUUCAAAAGACACACUCUUUCAAGAAAUUAUUAUCCUAGUGAAUUAGUUCCUAAUUCUGUUGUGCAAUAUAAUGAACAAUUAAACUGUGAUAAAUCUUCCAAUCCUAAUACUAUUUUUAUGACUACCAAUACUACUUCUACCAUUACGACUAUUAACACGAGUAAUAGUAAUGAUAGUAGUGGCAAUAAUAGUCACAAUAACAGUACUGAAAAACGUAUGCGCUGUGAUCAAAAUAAAAUUUUAUGUAUUUUAACUUCACCUCUUAACUAUUCGUCAAAUUAUUAUCCAAGGAAUACAUGUUAUGAUGGUUAUCAGAAUCAUCCUCAUCAUUAUCAUAAUAAUAAUCGUCUAUUAUCUCCAACUACACUGACCACAUCAUCUAUUGCGUCUCGAGUGAAAUGGGGAGCAAAUUUAACAUUGUUAUCCAAUUCUCUUACAAAUGAUCAUGAUACCAAUGACAAUAUACAAACAAAUUAUCCUAUAAAUCAUCAAUAUGAUUCCGAAUCGAAUACAAAACAAUUCAAACAAUUUACUAAUGAAUUUAAUACACACGAAAAUUUUUUAUCGCCAUCAUUGUCAUCAUCUUCAUCGUCAACAGUAAUGCUUAGAACUUGUCAGCAUGAUUUAGAUAAGAUAAUUCUACAUCCUAGACCUAGAAUACCACCGAAACGUUUGGAUUUAGCUAAUCAAGAUUUGGAAUUAGCCUUGAAAAGGAGUCUUAGUGAUUGCACAAUGCAGUCAUCUAAUAAGAAUUAUCACAAUAGUUCAAUCAAGAAAUCUUUGGCUUAUAAAGUGCGGUUAAAUAACCAACAUACUGGGAACAGGGAUUCAACAAAUAAGAAUCUUGUGCGUCGAACGAAAGCAGUUCUACGCUCAAAAAGAAAACGUCACAAGACGUUUAGUAAUUCACGUCGUCAGAAAUCCAAGGCUGGUAAUGUUAAAGGCCAAAGACAUAAGUCUAGUGGAAAUUCUCCUACUACUAAUUCAACAGACAAUAGUUUUGUUUCAAAUCAAUCACACAUUGUUUCAGAUGAUUCUGUAAUUAAUGAUUUGAAUGAGGAUGGUGAUCGACUGGUGAAUGACAACCUAUCACGUCUUCCAUUGCCAAAACUUACUUUAGCUAAAAAUAGUGUUGGUGAAUUUAAUGUAGUUGAAAAUCGUGAAGAGAACACUGGCAAGUUUCCUGAGAUAUAUGAUCGUAAAACUACUACUAAUAACAUAACAGUUACUAGUAUGAGUAAUGGUAAUAUCGAUAAUUCAGUUCUGAAUAGCUGUCAGGCAAUAAUUAGUCCAUCGUCAUUAUCAUCAUCAUCAACAUCAUCUAAAGUUACAACAUGUAAAUCUUUAAAACGGAAAUCUGAUAACAAACAGAGAGUAAAUUGUUUGAAUAAUGACAGAAUAGUGAAUAAAAUUCCUCAGAUCAAUUCGGAAGUUUUACAGGACUCCAAUGAUGUAGGUGAUAUUAUUACUGAUGAAUUAGAGCACAACUCUAGAACGGUUAUUAGCUCGGUAGAUAAGCUUGAACAAAUAACAACAACUACUCCCACAGGAUCUUUCAAAACUGAUGAGGAAUAUUCUACAUUUACAACAACUUAUGAAUAUACACCUGUUAUGAAUUGUGUUGUAUCGAAUAAAUCUACUGCAGAUUCAACAAACCUAUCGUCAGUGUCACCUCAGCAAGUAAUACAGUGGGAAAUUCCGAAAUCCACUAGUUUGACUGAUAAUCCAAUUGCAUCAGGAUUUGUACAGUCUGUAGUACAUCAUACAUUGGUUAAUCCUUCUUUUACCAUAACAACAACACCAACCACACCUAAUCAAAUCUCCUGUGGUCAUUCCAUAAAUUUCACUAACCAACAUCAAAAUAUUUCACACUUAUCUCCAAUUCAUCCUGUCACCAUGUGGAGUCGUUUAACCAACCCUUUGCCAGCUCCAGAUCCUCCAACAAAACUAUUUAAUACUAAACGUGUUCCAUUUCAACAUCCUCCUCAGCUUACUCCUACUAUUAAUGAUUAUAAAUUUCAACAAUUCCCAGUGAUUGGAUCGGGUAAUUCUAUUAAUAACACUCAAGGAAUUCCACAAACACUAGUUACAAACCAUUUGCCUUAUCAUAUAACAUCGAACUCUACGACUAUUCCAAUCGAUUCAAUUGUUCAUUUGCCUACUGAUGCAUACCUAAAACAAAAUACGAAUACUAAUGUAGUGGGCUUGGUUACAAAUCCUUUACAAUAUUCAACAUUGUGUAAUCCUAGUCCUUUAAAUGAUUUGAAUUCUAAACAGUUUUUGCAAAAUUUGAAUAAAAUACAGUUGAGUAGUCAACUUUAUUCAUCUUUUCCUACUCAUAUGCAUCUGUCUCUACCUCCACCGCUCUUUCCAACUACUCAGUUCUCUCUAGUAUCGUCUUCAUCAUCACCAGCAGUCUCAUCGCCCGUCUUCAGCAGUGGAAAUCAAAUUCAUCAUUGGCCAUACACAAAUUUCCUAUCAAAUUCAAACAUUUCCAAAUUAACCGGAAAUAUCCCUGUAGGUUAUGAUACUACAUCAUUAUUAAUGCCUUCUGGAAAUCCAAUAUUAAAUAAUUCCAACAAUAGUAAUAAUAUUCAAAAUGGUUUCUUAUCAUAUCCUUUUUUACUUCCUAAUUCAACAUUUACAAACACAGGACAGCUGAACCUAUGUAGUUCAACUCCUUUGCUAGGAGCAUGUCCAUCAUCUUUGCAAUCAAUGCUUGGCGCAUCAUACAUUCUUGGUGCACAGAAUCUUAAUAAUAAUAAUACCCAAGGUCACAAUCGUAAUACUCUUCAAAAUUGCAUCUGGCUUCCUUAAUCUUAUUGAUAAACCUUUCUAAGUGUAUUGUAAUUCAGUAGUUAGAUAGAUAUACCCGUCUUUAUUUGCGUCGGAGUGCGUAUGUGCCUACUAGCCUGUUUUUGUAUGCUUAUGUGAUUAACUGUAUUAUAAAUAUUAUGAUAUAUAUGUCAAUAAUAGCAAUUUUUCCUUCAAAUACAAAUGAGCAUGUAAAGAUUUACAAAAUAGUUGAGAAAUGUAUAUGCAUGACAGGAAUAUAUCUUUGUUCACUUUCUACAUAUAUUUCUCUAUUUUGUUUGUAUAUGUGUAUUUUACCUGGUCUUCACUUAUACCCUGGUUUAUUAAUUUACCAUGACAGUCGUUUUCUUUCUUUCUUUCUCUUUCUUUCUUUCUUCCUUUCUCUCUCUCUAUAAUAUGUGUAUUGGUUUAGCUGUAUUUAUAAAGAAAUAGAGAGCUAUUGAAAUGCACUU